AUGGCUUCUCCGUUUGCACAAAAAUGGGCCCGCUUCAUUCCAAUGAUCGGGUACCACCAUGUGCUCAUGCUUAUCAUUGCCAUUGCUAUUAUCCUCUUAUCACUGCUGUUGGCCGGAUGUUCAUCAUCAUCCCCGCAAAUUCCUAACAUCUUCCUUAUCUCUCUAUACUACGAGAAGUACAACCCCGUCCGCGAUCUCGCCCAGGUGCAACCAGACGUUGCGACUGCUCUUUCAAAUAUCGUUGGCGGCGCAGAUAUGGAAGUGCGCGUGGGAUAUUUCGGUAUCUGCGUCCAACCCGACAAAGGUUCUUUUAUCUGCAAUGCCAACGCAACGGCCCUGGCCGAGAUCGUCACUGUGGACCAGGAUCCACUCAACCUGAUCUGGGUCGCAUCCACGUUUAAAGACGCCGUCGUGUUCCCGUACCUCCUGAUCGUCGCGGUUAUUCUCGCUUUCUUCUGCUUCAUCCUUCUGGCUACAUUCCCCGGCUGGCACGAGGAGACAGACGACAACGGUUCCGAGCGUGAGGUCAAGCCUUUCCCGUCCCGCCCCGUCUCCCAAGCCGCCUUGGCCCUGAUCUUCGUUUCCUCGGUGUUCGUCCUCGUCUCUGUACUAUGGCAGCACACUGCAUCCGUCGCCGCCAGUACGAUAGCUCAAGACAUGGGCAAUGGAAGCGUCAAGAGUGGCGUUGGUUCCUCAGCAAUGGUACUUGGCUGGUUCGGCUUCGUCCUGCUAGUCAUCGUUACCGUCGGUUUGCUCGUCAUGAUAUUGAGUAUCAGUCUGAUCCGCAAACUGACCGAUGAGGAAUGA